GUGUAUCGCAAUGUCUUCGUCACCAUCUUCGUAAGACGCCCUCGCUAUAGCAACGAUUGCUUGCCUACUGUCGGGCUCAAUCGUGUGCCGAAGUCAUGAUCAUCAGGGGAGACGCGUGCUCUACCUUACGUCAUACCUAGCUACCUCACGAUCCACCAGCCCUGCAGGAAGCAUUGUUGCGGCUCCAAGACCCUUUGCUCCACUAUCACGGCUAUCAUUACUCAGCGCAUCACGUGCCCAAGUGCCGGUCCGGUCCCACGAUGUCCCGGUGCCGAUUACCAUCCAUGAAUGUGGGGCAGUCGACUCGUUCCCCGCACCUGCCAGCUGCAGCUCAGCCGACGCUCUGCGAAAUGGCAUGGAGAAGUUUGGAGGCGGGGAUGUGACAGCCCCACCAUAAUGGACAUGUCAUCUGAAUUUCUUAAAGGAUGACAUGUAGUUGAAAUAUACUUCCUCAUCAUCUGCAUGCAGUAGGCCAAAUCUGUCACAAUGCCGAAGAUUAAUCACGUCGUCAUCGUAGGAGCUGGCCCCUCUGGUCUUUUGCUCGGAAUCCUCCUAGCGAAAAACCUCAGCAUUAAAGUUACCAUCCUCGAUGCGGAUACCAAGAUCAAUGACAACCCGAGAGCUGCGCACUAUGCACCUUCAGCGGUCUACGACUUCCAUCGGGCAGGCAUCAUAGACGAUGUACGCGCCGUCGGGCUCCACCCCAGAGGUGUAUGCUGGCGAUUGCAGGAUGGGACUUUCUUAGGUGGCAUGGGUCGCGAGCCAGAGGACUCGAAAUACUCAAUGGUGGUGCUUCCGCUCGACCAGUUAGGCCCCCUACUUGUGAAGCAUUUCGAGAGCUACCCGAACACCGAGAUCAAGUGGGGCCACAAAUUGGUCGGCGUGGAGCAGGACGACAACGGCGCAACGGCGGUUGUCGAAACCACAGGAGGCGAGAAGAAGAAGUUCACAGGCGAUUAUCUGGUUGGUGCCGAUGGCGCAUCAAGUGGUGUCCGCACAGCAUUGUUCGGGAAGGAAUAUCCUGGAGAGACGCUCAAGGCGCAGAUUGUCGCUACCAAUGUAUACCUGCCAUUCGAUGAACGAUUCGACUUCUGGGAUUCAAACUUCAUCGUCCACCCCACCGACUGGUACAUGGCCGCGAAGAUCACCAACGACGGCCUCUGGCGAGUGACAUACGGCGACUCUGAAGGCCUCUCAAAAGAAGAGCUCGUGAAACGCCAGCCCCUCCGCUACGAGCAAAUCCUGCCCGGCCACCCCAAGCCCAACGAGUACAAACUCAAGAGCAUGAGCCCCUAUAAGCUCCAACAAAGAUGCGCGCCCAGCUUCCGCGUGGGCAGAAUCUUACUAGUCGCCGACGCAGCGCAUCUAUGUAAUCCUUUCGGUGGCAUGGGUCUCACAGGUGGUUUCGCCGACGUCGGCUCCCUCUACGACUGCUUCACCGGUAUCCACCUCGACGAACUCGACGACUCUAUUCUCGAUAAGUACUCCGAGAUUCGCAUCAAGAUCUGGCGCGAAAUGAUCGAUCCCAUGUCGCGGGAAAACUUCCACCGCCUCUGGGACCCCGAGCACGAGGAGAAGAGGAAGGAGUUCUUCAAGAUGUGUGAAAGGGCGAGUGAUGAUCCCGUGUGGGGAAAGAGCGUUGCAGAGACGAUACAUCAGGUUAGACACGAUUUUACGCAGUACUUUAAGAGUAAUCAGAAGGGGAGUGGGAAGGCUAUGGGGGAGCUGGCGACGGGGAAUGGGGUGUUGGCGGAGAAUAGUGCGGCGGCGUAGUCGUGGGAGACCGGCCUGUACAAACGUUCCAUAUAGAAUGUGGAAAGCAUGUUCCAGAACAACACUGCAUGAUGAUUUUAUAUGUACCAUCAUCGAGCAGUGCUAGAUCUAGAAGAAGGCUGGAUUAUAAAAUCGUUCGAGUCGCCUCACGUUAUUCGGCGUAAUAAGCAACGACAACUGUAAGCGUUGAGCUACAUCGGGGAA